CUCUCGGAGAAGAGUCGCAGAGGCGAGAGGAAAAACAGCAAAGCGCCAAAUGAACAGACAGAGCUUUGACUGUACACAAAACGCGAGGGAUGUAUGGAUAACCGACCCAGUCGCUGGUCUGGACAGCUCUGCCGUGUCUAGCCGUUGCGCGACCGAGUGUGUAGACUCGUUCUUGUCCAGCGAACGAAGUCAGCGGCGAGCUUUGCAUCUUCCUCCUCUUGUUCUCUCUGGUUCAUUUUUUAUUGUGUAGAAACGCGCUCUUUCCUCCUUCCUCGUUGUUCCGCUCCGGUGGCUCUUUCGAGAGCGACUCUUUCAAACCGCUUCACGACACCCCGUUGAGACUCUGCGCCUCAACGCUGUUCUUUUGAGUCGCUUUUCCGCCUCUUUAUUUCUCCCAAACUCUUCCUUGCUUUGUGAAAGCGCGGCGCCCAAGUUGUCUCUCUUUUCGUCCUGUCGGUCAGAAGGCGUCCUCCCGGUCUUGCUUCUUCCGCCCUCAGGUCUGUCGAGUUGAGCUUGAGGGCGUCUGAGCUGGCAGCCACGGCUAAAGGGAGUCUCUUCUCUCGUUCCUUUCCUGUCUCCUCCCUCUCCUCCCUCUGCUCCUCUGCUCUCCGUCGUUGCUCGGCUGUCUGCCCGCCAUACAUGCGAGUUCGCAGGUUUGCUGGCAUUUGCAACUCUGGGAGCUCUGCCGGAGCUUGCAUGCGAUGCGCGUCUCCGCAAGGCUUCGCUGCUCGCCGAGAUGUGCGGACGCAUGAGCUGCACUUUGCAUCCACGGCGUCUCCGUCGGGUCGCUGGUCUCGCGCCUUUGUCUCGGUCGUCGCCUUCUGAGCAGCGAGACAAGAAAGAGGGAGAGGGAGACGCCCAGGCCGCUGCGAGCGCGGAGCCUCUCCAGCGCGUUAAACAGGAGGAAGCGACUGAAAAUGCCUCUUCUCUCUCUCCCUCCGCCACACUCUCUCCUCCGACAAAAACUGAGGAAAAGAAAGGAAAAGUCGACAUCAAACUCGAGUCCAAAAGUUCCGCAGGCUGUCGCUCUCCUUCCCCGUCAUCUCUCUCUUCUUCGUCCUCUCUCUCUGCUUCUUCUCGCUCCUCUGGGGUACUGUGUUCGGGAGAAGAAACGUCUUCUCUCGACUUCCUCCGGCCGCGCUUCAACGUUUCGCCGACCUGUGCAGUGCCGAUCAUCGAAGAGGCGAAUGGCAUCCGUCGCCUGCGAGCAGCUGAAUGGGCGCUUCGCGUUCCUGGACAGCCGAAAGGCGAGGGGAAGACUCCCGCGUACAACACGUUCAACGCCCGCGUGGAGGGCCUCACGCAGUCCAGACUGUAUCGGAGACUUCUGGAUACGCACCGGUGCGUGGUGGUUGCGGACGGCUUCUACGAAUGGAAGAAACCGAAAGGGCCAGGCGAGUCGAAGCAGCCUUUCUUCAUUCGGCACAAAGCCUCUGUAGCAGAGGCGGCGAUUCCGGGGGGUGACGGCGAGGCUGCCCAGCUCGGAAAAAGCGAGAGCAGCAGUCUGCAGGACGAGGCGACGGCGAGGCCUCUCAGUGGCAAGCGCAUGAGAGACUCAGAUUCGAAACAUGAGGAGGGCGCAGAGAAAAAAAGACGAAACCAGACGCAUGCUCCAGAGACGACUGGGUUCGCGUCCGAGGACAAUGCGCAGUGGCAUAGUGUGUUGAAGGAAGGCGAGGCGCCGCUGCUCUUUGCAGGUCUCUUCGAGGACGACGCGUCUCCAGGGGGGCGGCCGCCUGCAACGCGAGACUGCUCCGCGACGAUUCUAACCAUGGACAGUGCAAACACACCUAUGGCUGACAUUCACAGCAGGAUGCCCGUCCUCCUCUCUCCUGCGGACGCCUCGCGGUGGCUGAACGCCAAUGAAAAUCCGUUUUCAAAACUCUUUCCGGACCUUCUUGGCCGUUCUAAGCAGCUCUAUCGCACGACUGUGGAUCUGUACCCGGUGACGACGCGCGUUGGGAACAGUCGCUACGAAAGCGCAGACUGCGUUCUUCCUCUCCCAAAAAGAGGCACUGCUACAGGGUCUCCCCAAAAGCCGCGAGGAAUGCACACUCUUGAUUUCUUCCUCGCACCUGCAGAGAAGAAGAAACAGAGUUAACCGCACAGGGAGGAAGAGAAGAAAGACACAGAAAUAGGCGUCCGAGCCGACGCAGAGAGAGAGAGACAGAAAGACGCACAAAAGAGAAGGAGACAGGAAGAGAGAAGGAGACAGGAAGAGAGAAGGAGACAGGAAGACACAUCACAGUGCAGUUGACACAGGCCUUCAUCCUCGCUCUCUAGGUAAAACGUUUAGCCAUUUUUUUCCGGUGCUUCGCGUCUCAGCGUCAUGGAAUUCUCCCUGAAAGUGCCGAGGCUCGGGGAAUACAGAGGCGAUGGGCGUCGCUUUCGACCCUCCGGUUUCCUCGCGCUGUCGUGCAUGCGCGUCAUCUCGUCAAGAAACGACAGAGGAAAGGCGGUCUCCGCAUGAGAAGAGAGACAGCAAGGCCUUUUAGAUCUUUCUCAAGAAUUCCAGAUAUCUGUAGACGCGUGCGUCCUGUAUUGUCAAGUGUGUGGAUGGACAGGAACGAUCAAACAAACGCGACGACGCGCCCAGGCGCUAAGCGAAUGAAAAGGAAUAUCCAGCACUGUUUCUUUUUUCGAGGUCUCAACAGAUGCGGUCAUCUCUCUCCCUAGAGACAACAUUACGAUCAAAGAGUGCCAUCCUGCGAUGCGGUCAAAAACUCUCCUUUGAUACCUUCACCCUGUGACCGUCCGUCGCGUAGAUUUUCCGCGUUUUUGUCUGGUGUGGCUGCAGCGCUUGGC